AUCGGCCCACUUCUGACAAAAUAAGAAGAUAGGAGAAGUAGUAUAAUAUUUUUUACCUUCAAAAUAUUUAGAAAGUGGGGCAUUAAAAUUAAAACAUAAAUAAGAAAAAAGAAAAAUAAAAUUAAAAACGCGGCUGCUUUACACCAAAACAACCGUAGUUCAUCUCUGCUAAUCAUAUUCCAGCUCCCACAGAUCGUCAAUUUUACGAUCCACAACUAAAAAGGGGUUUUUAAUACUCCUCAAUUUUCGAUCAAUUGCAAUUUAAUUACCCUAAAAAAACCCAGAAAAAUUUAUUCUUUUUCUUCCCAAUUUAAUUCAUUUUUUAAUUGUUUUUUUUUUCUUUCAAUUAGGUGUUUUUUCUGGGUUUCAGCUAUUGAUCUUGAUAUAAUAAGGUGAAAUAACUAAUGGGGUUUUCUAGAUUUCGAUAUUCUUCAAUGGGUCGAAUAGAAUUUGUGAUUUUAUUUUCUGGGAUAUUGUGAAAUAGCUUGGUGAGUAAUUUCUGUCAAUCGAAACGUUUCGCGUUUCUGAGAUGAUUUCUUUGGGAAGGAAGGGAUUAGAGCAGAGAUUUAGCAGUAAUAAUAAUAAGAGAGAGAUGGAGGUUGAAACUGAGCUUGAAGAAGGAGAAGCUUGCUCUUACCUAGAGGAUGAUGAUGAUACAACCAUUGACCCUGAUGUUGCCCUUUCUUACUUAGAUGAUAAACUUCAAGAUGUACUGGGGCACUUUAAGAAAGAUUUUGAAGGGGUGGUUUCGGCCGAGAGUUUGGGAGCAAAAUAUGGUAUAUAUGGUUCGUUCUUGCCAACUUAUCGCCGGUCACCUGUUGGAUCUCAAUCUAAAAGUCCACCAAGAGUUCAAAAUAAUAUUACUCCCCAGUCUCCAAAUACAUUACAAACGGAGGCUGGUCAUCAUAAAUCUCUUGCUCCAGCCAAUGUCUCGUAUUCAAUAAAACAAGGAUCUGCUUCUACUGGUUCUGCAUUACCCCAAAAUGACCUGAGUAGAAAAAAUGGGAGGAAUAAUUCUAUUAAGUCAUUGGAUUUGUGUGCAACUAAAUCUGAAGUUCGUGAUCAGAAAACGCUGAAAGUUCGAAUUAAAGUGGGUUCAGAUAAUUUGUCAGUGAAGAAAAAUGCUGAAAUCUAUAGUGGUCUUGGCCUUGAUGGUUCUCCAACUUCAUCACAUGAUGAUAGCCCAAUGGAGAAUGAAAGGCUGUCUUGUAGACUUUCAUUAGAUGGUUUCGAGUCUCCAAGUCAAAUUAUUCAAAUGAUGACAUCCUCCCUGCUAUUAGGAGGUUGCUUUUUGUCUCCUCUUCCAGAUGACCUGAUGUGUUUGAGUGGAAGGCCAAAACAAAUCCAAGACAUUCUUACUGAAACUUCCUCCAAGGUCGAACUGAAAAAUUUUGUCACAGGGCACCCAACUUUUCCAAUCAAAGAUAAGACGACAAAUUCUGUUGAGAACAGCAUGAAGUUGUUGGAUAGAAAAGGGUUAUCUUUGCAAGAUAAGGGAGAUGGGAAGGACAGCAAUAUAGGUUUUGGUUCCCAAUUGAAGGAGACAGACAUUGAUGCUGUUUCCUGUGAUGAGCUUGUUUCUAAAGCUUUGAAACUUCCCCUUCUAUCUAAUGCUCACAGUGAGGUGAGAGGCUCUCCAACAGCUUCUUUGAAGCAAACAGUUUUCAGUGAUACAUCAGAGAAGGAACCUUUAGAACCAGUUUUUGUCCAUGUCAGCUUAAGUGAGAAAUCAACUGGGAAGGUAUCGUAUGCUGCAAAUAACUUAAAUAGCAAAGCUGCUGAAGUCCGAAACAAUAUGGGGACCGAUUCAGAAAAAGUUGGUGCUGACAAAAUUAAAACAGUUGACAGUACUACUAAUUUAAGUAUUGGUGCUUCCAAUUUAAAAAAAGCUUCAAAGAAUGGACUGAAAGAUCCUGUAAAUCAAGGGACCAACAAAUUUACUUCCCGUGAUGAUGCUAUGGCUGUAUCUUGUGGGAAUGGACAGUUCUCGUCUGGGGAUGAAAAAAGACCAAAGAAAAGUCAAGCUCGUGGAUUUGCUACUGGAAAAAUAGCCAUGGAAAUUAAUGAAGAUAGUUCUCCGGUGCUGAAAGACAUGAAGUAUACUGAUGCUGAGAAAACUGCUUGUAGAACUGAAGUGCAAAAGGAUUCCAAGCUAGGCAUGGGUCAAUAUGUUGACUUCUUUGGAGAGAUGAAUGAUGAAGAAGGUGACAUAAUGGACUCCCCAGAUGUCCCUUCUGGAGAGAUGUUGAAGACCUCUGAGGUGGUUGACAAGAACAGCUUAUUUUAUGAGAACAAUUCUAAGGAGAGGACAAUUUCCUUGGAUACACGCAAGGGAACAACUCUUGGGGAGAAACUUAAAGGGCACUCUACCAAUCCUCCAGUGCCAGAAAAUGGCCGCCCUAUAUUUGAAACAGCUCCUACUAGCAAUGAAGCAAAUGUUGAUUGGGUUGGAUGUGACAAAUGCCAGAAAUGGCGAGUUUUCCCACCUGGCUGUAAACCUGACAACCUUCCUGAUAAGUGGGACUGCAGUAUGAUGACCUGGCUGCCUGAUAUGAACCGUUGCAGCGCCAGUGAGGAGGAAACCAACAAUUUCCAUGUCCCUCCUCCUGGAAUGACUUCAGCUGAUAUUAUGAACUCUGGGAGAAUAACCAGUAAAGUAAGAAAACCAUCAAAAUCAUCUUUCCAAAAUUCUCCAAAAAAGCCUCCAAGCUCUGUAAAGAAGCAACUGUCAGCAAAAGAGCCAUACCACUUGAACGGACUAGAUCCUGAGCAACAAGCUAAGUCUGGUGACAUAUAUCCAGAUACUGGUCAACAUAAAAAAAUAGAGAAGCACAGAAUGGAUUGUUACUCUGAUGGAGGUCAUGCUAAGAACCCAAAAAUAAAAAGCAAAAGGGAAUCCGAUCAAGAUUUUUCUAGAACUCCUAAGAAAAGUAAAACACGUAGCAUGCAAACUGGGGAUAAUGAUCGGGUAGCUGCUCAUGAUCAAGGUUUUGAGACUUUGGGUGUUAGCUCAGGCUAUGGGCUGGGAGCUGGUAUAUCUGGAAAGGAUCAGGCAUCUGACUCAGAAUUCUUUGCUUCCCAGAACUCUAAGGAUGACAUCGAUAGCAUCCGUCCAUAUUAUUUUGGGAAAUCAAAAUUGCAAGUUGAGGACCUCCCAGUUGUUGGUUCCGUGCAUGUCAGCAAGUCUGAUAGUGGAAAUAAGAAGAGAAAGAGUGAUAAUUUCAAGGAUCCUCCAAAUUCUACUCCAUCUUCUGGCAAAUUGACGGAUGAUAAUGAAAAAUCUAGCAGGAAGAGGCAUAGGAUUUCCAAGUCAGAGGGAAAAGAUUCCAGUGCAAGUAAAAGAAGUGGUAAAGCAGACAAGAAGACUAAAAAUGUUUCACAACACAGAUUGGUUAGUAAUGAAUCUGUGCAAAAGGAUUCAUUAGGUGCAAAUCCUGUUAUGGCAGCUACAUCAAGCUCUUCAAAAAUUUCUGGAUCUCUUAAAGUCAAAUCAAAGUUCCAGGAAAUAAAAGGUUCACCUGUUGAAUCAGUUUCUUCUUCUCCCUUGAGAAUUCCAAAUCCAGAUAAUUUCAUUUCUGGGUACAAAGUAACAGUAGGGAAUGAUGACGUCCAAGAGGCCACCAAACUGGCAACAAACAGUCCUACAAGGUGCUCUGCUGUUGAUUAUGAUGGCAACGAUGAUCAAUCUGGAGCUAUACCGAACGAUAAAAUUGCAACAGGCACACUUCAUGGCUCUUCAAAUUUUAUUGGCUUGCAAGACAAAAUUACAGGAGAUUCACAGCUGACUAAUGGUAACAGCCGCAUUGAAAACUUGAACCUAGAUAAUGGGUUCCCCUCAGAGACACAAGCUUCACAUAGAUGUGUGAAUGAAACAGCAGCUAGAGGUGAACUCCGUCUUGGUGCCAAUAUUUCUAACUCAGGAAAAUCUUGUAAGGAUUCUCCUUCACUCUCCAAUGAUAAGAAUCAAACAUUGAAAUCUAAUUCUGGGAAGAGCAAAGUUAAGAUGUCCGACUCAUAUGAGAACUCACUGAAUCAUACAAUAGCUCAUGAAGAGAGAGAAGGGGAUAGGAAAGUUAAAGUUGAUGAAAAAUGUGGGUCAAAUGCUGAUAAGAAGGUUGAUGUGGAUAAAUCUGAGGACUUGGUACCAAUAUCUGCAAAAGAGAAGUCCAGGCAUAUACUGCGUUCUGAUGUUGAGAAAAAGGAGACGUUAGAUAAUCUGCAACCUAAGCAAGGUAUUAAGGCCAGUACUUCAGCCAGUGAUGCUCGUCCUGAUGCUCUUCCUAGGGAGCCCAGACUGAAUAAAAAAGCUGAUAGUCAGAAUGGAACUCAUAUUUUGUCAAAGCAAACAAUAUCUAAUGGCCACAGGAUCAAGAAUCAGGAUGCUCCAAGUCCUCUUAGAAGGGAUUCUUCUAGUCAAGCUGCAAGCAGUGCUAUUAAAGAAGCCACAAACCUCAAACACUUGGCUGAUCGACUGAAGAGCUCAAGUCCAACAGAAAGUAUAGCAAUGUACUUUGAAGCAGCACUGAAGUUUCUUCAUGGAGCCUCCCUUCUAGAAUCUGGAAAAACUGAGAACAUUAAACAUGCAGAUAUUGCUCAAUCUAAGCAAAUCUAUAGUAGUACCGCAAAGCUUUGCCAGUUUUGUGCCCAUGAAUUUGAGAAGAUGAAAGACAUGGCUACUGCUGCACUGGCAUACAAAUGUGUGGAAGUGGCAUAUAUGAGGGUAAUUUAUUCUUCACAUAAUUCUGCAAGCAGAGAUAGGCAUGAAUUGCAGGCUGCUCUGCAGAUGGUUCCUCCAGGAGAGUCGCCUUCUUCAUCCGCCUCUGAUAUUGACAACUUAAACAACAAUGCUAAUGGGGACAAGGCUGCUCAGGCCAGAAGUGGUGGUUCACCUCAACUUGCAGCAAACCUCGUCAUUGCAGCCAAGAACCGUCCAAACUUUUCUAGGCUUCUUAGUUUUGCUCAGGAUGUAAAUUCUGCAAUGGAAGCUUCAAGAAAAUCACGCACUGCUUUUGCAGCUGCUAAUGUUAGCACAGGUCAGGCAAAUUUAAAAGAGGGAGGAAUCACUUCCAUUAAGAGAGCUCUGGAUUUCAACUUCUAUGAUGUUGACGGGCUACUGCGUUUGGUACGGCUUGCUAAGGAAACAAUCAGCCGUUAAGCAGUUAUUUUUGGCAGUUCAUGUUGUCCAGAGAAAGCUUGUCUUUUGUGGAACUGUCUUGUGGAGGUAAAAGUGGAUGGGUUUCAUUUUUUGCUUGCAUGUGGUGAUAUGGAUCAGAAAUCAUUUCAUGUCUUCAGCUGGUUCCUUACAUGGACAAGAGACUCAUUGCAAGCUGUUGACAAUAGUAUCAAGGCUAUCGAUUAUCUUAUGUUUCUUGGGGUAGCAGUCAAUGAGAAUUCUUUUUGCCGCUAAUUAUUAUUGGAAGGGAUGGCAAUUACCAUUCUUGGAUUUCCAUCCUGUUAUGACAAGAGAAUUCCUAUCCCGUUCAUGUUAUUUUAAUUCAUGUAUGAUUGUGUACAUAAAAGAGAUUAGAACAUGAGAAAUGUAGCUCAUAUGGAGUAACAGUCACUGGAGCUUGCUGGGAACCCUGAAACCACAUCUCUUGUUUCUAGACAAUCCCAGAAGAUUGAGGAAAAACUACAAUUUGAGUGCUGACAUUUUCUAAAUGAGAGAUAUAAGUGGUAUGAAGCACCGAAUACAUGUAUAUAAGGCAGCAAAAUCUUCCGUAUAUUUUUAGGAAGAAACACUGCAGAGUUUGCACAGCACACUCCUAAACUGGGAUCACUAAUGAUGGGAUCAGCUCUGACAGGAGUAUGCUGCAGGUUUUAGUUAACUUUGAUAACUGUAAAUACAAGAAACAUGAAUACCCCUACCUAUUUUAAGGUUUUUCCCCCUCUAAAUUCGUUUAUUUUUUUUUCCGGAAACAAUGUAUAAGCAAUUUUUUUUUUUCAACGAAAACAAGUAACUUAUUGUCUUACUACAACCUAUGUAUUCUGUUUAUCUCUUAGAUACACCCCAAACGGCAUGUAUAUCAUUUUCAUUAUAUGAUACACUAGUACAAUCCUGAUCUUAAAGGGCAUUGCCCGGAUACCUGAGUCAGGUUGUUUUGUGAAAGGUUCCGACUUGAUAAA